CCCUUCCAAAUCAUUGGAUUCAGGUGUUGUUCCAAUCACAUCCAUGGCCACAGGUGUAUACAAUCAAGCACCUAGGCAUGCAGACUGCUUCUACAAACAUUUGUGAAAGAAUGAGUCUCUCUCAGGAGUUCAGUGAAUUCAAGCGUGGUACCGGGAUAGGUUGCCACCUGUGCAAUGUCUAUCCGUGAAAUUUCCUUGCUACAAAAUUUUCCGCAGUCAACUGUUAGUGGUAGUAAAACAAAGUGGAAGCAACUGGGAACAACAGCAACUCAGCCA